AUGACCGAGACUCACAUCCUGGACCCCAAAGGGGAGGUCACGAUAGUACUCAAAACCCCGAAUGCGCCCCUCGCUCAGAUACCUCGCCCUCCUGAAACCAAGCCAGCGGGCGACGCAACAUCCGACAUGGCGAGCAAUGUUAUCUCUCCUUCUUCUUCCCCAGAUGCCGCUGUUGCGACACCCUCCGCAGAUUUGCCCAGCGAUCUCGAGAUCCAAGACGACAACACAUCCUCCGACAAGGCCGACGAAGUCCGCUUCAUAGUCUCCGCUUCUCACCUGAUCCUCGCGUCCCCGGUCUUCAGACAUGCUCUAACGGGUGAAUGGAUAGAGAGCCAGGAGCUGAGAAGACAGGGAACGGCUGAGAUCGAGGCAAGUGGGUGGGACACAGAAGCCUUUCUUAUCCUUCUGCGGAUCAUCCACUGCAAACCGUACGAUCUACCUAAGGAGGUAUCGCUGGAGACUCUAGCCAAGCUCGCCCUAAUCGCUGACUACUAUGACUGUGUUAAGCUGGUACAAUGGUACGCCGAUGCCUGGAUCUCGAAGGUGUUGCCGUUUCGGGCUUGUUUUAGCAUCCAUGAGGAUGGAAUGCGCGAUAUGAUCAUUCGGCUGUGGGUUGCUUGGGUCUUCGAUGUGGCUGAGGAAUUUACAAGCUAUUCUUCCUACAUCAUGGAGAAUGCCAAGUACCCCAUUACUUCACUUGGUCUGCCCAUACCCGCCGGAAUUCUAGAGCGUCUUAAUCGCAACCGCGAACUUGCCAUUACCUAUGUGCUCACGAAUAUUGAGGACAAGCAAUCGGAGAUCCUCCGCACCAAGGAUCGCUGCACCCUCGCCUGUCGGUCGAUGACGCUCGGGGCUCUAUCGAUAUUCAUGCAUGAAAAGCAAGCACUUACAUCCGCGCCUCCUUAUGCUGGUAUAAGCAUGGGCGACCUCUCGCGCUCGGCCAGGAGUCUCAAGCUGGGGAAGUGGAGAGAGUACAUUGAGUCGGACAGCCCGCGCUUCCGAUGGCACGAAUGCAACUACUCAAAUUUUGCGAUGAUAUUUCUUCGCCUGCCUUGUACGUCUAAAGGGCUGGAUAUUAUCAACUUCAAGGGCUGGUAUGUGCAUCUCUGCUGA